CAGUCACUGCGCAUACAUUGCAUAUGCGCCAAGUUGUUUGUUUACGUUUUCAAGCAUAGCUAGGUAGCUAACGUUAGUUAGCCAUCUAAUCAUCGCUGAUGUAGCUUGAAGAGCCAGUGUUACCUAAAGUUAUCUACGAUAGUUAGCUGGAUUAGUAGACAAACUUGAUUGCCGUACUUGUCACUUAAACAAAUGUGCUGGCGUUAGUGAGCUAGCUAACUAGAAUAACGUUGUAGCUAGCUAGGUAUCAAUAGUAGCUGCAUGAGUCUUCGAAGAUGUUAGCUAACAAUGAUAUGCCCGCGGAGCGCAACAAGUCGGUAAACAUGGACGAGAAAGAUGUGUGUUCGUUUUUAAACAAGGAGAAAGACAAGGACCGAGAGACAGAAAGGAGGCCUGCCUCUUCCCGGGAGAAAUCGAAGGAUGAGACGAAGGCGUGUGCAAAGAAAGACAACGGCAAAGCCGCGGAAGAGAAACGGAGACGUUUGGAAGAGGAUAAGAGAAAGAAAGAAGAGAAAGACCGUAAGAAAAAAGACGAAGAAAGGUUGAAAGCAGAGGAGGAGCAGAAGCAGAGGGAAGAGGAGGAAAGGAAACUGAAAGAGGAAGAGGAGAAGAAAAGGAUGCAGGAGGAAGAAGAGAAGAGACAGCGUGAAGAAGAGGCAAAUCUACUCAAAGAGAAGGAGGAGGGCCACCAGCUCCACCAGGAGGCGUGGGAGCGCCACCAGUCGCGCAAGGAGCUGCGCGUCCGCAACCAGAACGCCCAGGAGGGCCGCCCCGAGGAGGCCUUCUUCAGCCGCCUGGACUCCAGCCUGAAGAAGAACACGGCCUUCGUCAAGAAGCUGCGCACGCUGACCGAGCAGCAGCGCGAGGCGCUCUCCGGCGACUUCGCCUCGCUCAACCUCAGCAAGUACAUCGCCGAGGCGGUGGCCUCGGUGGUGGAGGCCAAGCUGAAGAUCUCGGACGUGGGCUGCUCCGUGCACCUGUGCUCGCUCUUCCACCAGCGCUACGCCGACUUCGCGCCGCUCCUGCUGCAGGCCUGGCGGCGGCACUUCGAGGCGCGCAAGGAGGAGAAGACGCCCAACGUGAGCAAGCUGCGCACCGACCUGCGCUUCGUCGCCGAGCUGACGGUGGUGGGCCUGUUCACCGACCGCGAGGGCCUGUCGCUCAUCUACGAGCAGCUCAAGGCCAUCAUCGGCGCCGACCGCGAGACGCACACCCACGUCUCCGUGGUGAUCAGCUUCUGCAAGCACUGCGGCGACGACGUGGCCGGCCUGGUGCCGCGCCGGGUCCGGGCGGCGGCCGAGAAGUUCGGCCUGGCCUUCCCGCCCAGCGAGAUCAUCAGCGCCGAGAAGCAGCAGCCCUUCCAGAACCUUCUGCGGGAGUACUUCACCUCCCUCACCAAGCACCUGAAGAAGGACCACCGCGAGCUGCAGAACAUCGAGAGGCAGAACAGGCGUAUCCUGCAUUCCAAAGGGGAGCUGAGCGAAGACAGACACAAGCAGUACGAGGAGUUCGCCACCUCGUACCAGAAGCUCCUGGCCAACACGCAGUCGCUGGCAGACCUGCUGGACGAGAACAUGCCAGACCUGCCCCAGGAUAAGACCGUGCAGGAAGAGCACGGCCCGGGCAUUGACAUCUUCACCCCGGGGAAGCCGGGGGAGUACGACCUGGAGGGGGGGAUUUGGGAGGACGAGGACGCGCGAAACUUCUACGAGAACAUGGUGGACCUGAAGGCCUUCGUCCCCGCCAUCCUCUUCAAGGACAACGAGAAGGGCCUGCCGGGCAGAGAGAGGGAGGAAAGCAAAGAUGCCAAAGAGGUGAAGGAGGUGGCCAGCACGGAGGAGCUGGAGCUGGAACUGGAGACCCUGGACAUCGCGGACGACACCCUGGAGCUGGAGGCCGGUGACGAGGCGGAGGGGGAGGAGUUCGCCAAGAAGCUUCUGGACGAGCAAGAACAAGAGGACGAGGAGGCCAGCACUGGCUCUCACCUGAAGCUCAUCGUAGACGCCUUCAUCCAGCAGCUGCCCAACUGCGUCAACAGAGACCUAAUCGACAAGGCCGCCAUGGAUUUCUGCAUGAACAUGAACACCAAGGCUAACCGGAGGAAGCUAGUCCGGGCUCUCUUCACUGUUCCACGGCAACGGCUGGACCUCCUCCCGUUCUACUCCCGCCUGGUGGCCACCCUGCACCCCUGCAUGUCGGACGUGGCUGAGGACCUGUGCUCCAUGCUGAAGGGGGACUUCCGGUUUCACAUCAGAAAGAAGGAUCAGAUCAACAUCGAAACGAAAAACAAAACAGUGCGAUUCAUUGGGGAGCUCGCCAAGUUCAAGAUGUUCUCCAAAACGGACACUCUUCAUUGCCUGAAGAUGCUGCUCUCGGACUUCUCCCACCACCACAUUGAGAUGGCCUGCACUCUGCUGGAGACCUGCGGCCGCUUCCUCUUCAGGUCCCCGGAAUCGCACCUGCGCACCAGCGUGCUCCUGGAGCAAAUGAUGCGCAAGAAGCAGGCCAUGCACCUGGACGCGCGCUACGUGACCAUGGUGGAGAACGCGUACUACUACUGCAACCCACCGCCCGUGGAGAAGACCGUGCGGAAGAAGAGGCCGCCGCUGCAGGAGUACAUCCGCAAGCUCCUGUACAAGGACCUGUCCAAGGUCACCACCGAGAAGGUGCUGAGGCAGAUGCGGAAGCUGCCCUGGCAGGACGCGGAGGUGAAGAAUUACCUGAUCUGCUGCAUGGUCAACAUCUGGAACGUCAAGUACAACAGCAUCCACUGCGUGGCCAACCUGCUGGCCGGGCUGGUGGCCUACCAGGAGGACGUGGGCAUCCACGUGGUGGACGGGGUGCUGGAGGACAUCCGGCUCGGCAUGGAGGUGAACCAGCCCAAGUUCAACCAGAGACGCAUCAGCAGCGCCAAGUUCCUGGGCGAGCUCUACAACUACCGCAUGGUGGAGUCGGCGGUCGUCUUCCGCACGCUCUUCUCCUUCAUCUCGUUCGGCGUGAGCCCCGACGGCGCCCCCAGCGUCCUGGACCCCCCCGAGCACCUCUUCCGCGUCCGCAUGGUCUGCACCCUGCUGGACACCUGCGGCCAGUACUUCGACCGCGGCUCCAGCAAGCGGAAGCUCGACUGCUUCCUCAUCUACUUCCAGCGCUACAUCUGGUGGAAGAAGAGCACGGACGUGUGGACGAAGGAGCACCCGUUCCCCAUCGACAUCGACUACAUGAUCAGCGACACGCUGGAGCUGCUCCGGCCCAAGAUGAGGCUGUGCUGCUCGCUGGAGGAGGCCACGCGGCAGGUCACCGAGCUGGAGAGGGAGUUCCUGCUCAAGCUGGGCCUGGCCAUGGAAAAGGACGGCAAGUGCUCCAGCACCAUGGGCGAGGGGGAGGCCCUGGACGAAGAGGAUGAUGAUGAUGACGAAGAGGGCGGGGCCGAGACCGAGGAGCAGUCUGGGAAUGAGAGUGAGAUGAAUGACCAUGAAGAGGAGGAGGGGUCCGAAAACGAGGAGGAAGAGCGAGAGGAAGAGGAGGAAGAGAACACGGACUACCUGACCGACUCCAACAAAGAGAACGAAACGGACGAGGAGAACAACGAGGUGACCAUUAAGGGUGGGGGUCUGAAGCACGUGGCCUGCGCUGAGGACGAGGACUUCAUUCAGGCUCUGGACAAGAUGAUGCUGGAGAACCUGCAGCAGCGGAGCGGCGAGUCGGUGAAGGUGCACCAGCUGGACGUGGCCAUCCCGCUGCAGCUGAAGAGCCAGCUGAAGAAGGGCCCCGCCCCCGCCUGCAGCGCCGACGCCGACAUCGCCGACACCGCCGACACCAUGCAGUUCGUCAUGCUCACCAGGAAGGGCAACAAGCAGCAGUUUAAGAUCCUGAACGUGCCGCUCUCCUCCCACCUGGCUGCCAAUCACUUCAACCAGCAGCAGGCGGAGCAGGAGGAGCGCAUGCGCAUGAAGAAGCUCACGCUCGACAUCAACGAGCGCCAGGAGCAGGAGGACUACCAGGAGAUGAUGCAGUCCCUGGCCCAGCGGCCUGCCCCGGCCAACACCAACCGAGAGAGGCGACCGCGGUACCAGCACCCCAAGGGGGCGCCCAACGCCGACCUCAUCUUCAAGACCGGAGGAAGGAGACGCUGACGCGGGCGCUACAGAGCGGAGCUCCAGAAGUGAGCGCCCCACCGGCCGACCGAGAGGAGCGCAGACCCCCCCUCCCCCCCACCUCACCACCACUGCAGGAGGGACAGCUACCCGCACCCGGUAGAGGGAGAGCGGCCGCAGGACCACCCCGCCUCUAACCCCUCCCCCCCCGCCACCCCCCCCCGUCCGUUCGCCACGCGGCCAGGCCCGCGUCGGAACACCAGCAGCAGACAAACCGGACCCCCGACCCCACCGACCCCCCCACCCCCCCCUCCCUCCGAACCACCAACCCAACUGUUACCAGGGCACUGACUGUCUAUGGAAGGGGAACAGCUGGCAGUUCCACCGGGGGGGGGAAUGUUUCUGUGAAAACCACACGCGCAGACGAGGGAGAGAGAGCGUGUGUGUGUGCGUGUGUGUGUGUGUGUGUGUGUGUCAGAAGGCCAGCUCUAACACUUUUCCCCCGCGCUGAGGAUUAGCACGGCUGCUUUUUUCUGUCUCUGUCUAAGUGCUGUACACUUUAGAGUGUAUUUCUGAGGAAGGGUAGAGAGGAGAGAAGGGCAGACCCUCUGCUGGUGGUCUUGAGUGCAUUAGAAAGCACAGAGAGCGGGGGGGGGGGGCACGUCGAGGAAGAGAGAGGUGUGUGUGUGUGUGUGCGUGUGUGUGUGUGUGUGUGUGUGCGUGUGUGUGUGUGCGUGUGUGUGUGUGUGUGUGUGUGUGCGUGUGUGUGUGUGUGUGCGUGUGUGUGUGUGUGUGCGCGUGUGUGGGCGGGCGUUUUAGGCGUGCGUGCCUGCGUGCGUUUUCGGGUGUGGGGGCGGAGUCGGCUCCAGUGAUCGGCUUCAGAGAUGGCUCGUUCCUUCCCUCCAGCUGGAGUAGCGUGUUACCAUGGUGAUGGCCCUGAUGGGGGUGGGGGUGGGGGGUGAUGCUAUGGGAGAAGAAUCCCUGAGGGCAGCCAUUGGAGAGUGGAGACGAUAUGGACAGACUGACCGACCGACCAGCUUACCAUCCUCAGAAACGGGAAAACAUGUUCGUUCAUAAAUAUCUAGAGACAUAAACGCUUUAUUUUUUGCCUUUUAUUUUUUUGAGGGAAGUCUUUCUGCUCAUUGAGGUUGUAAGACGGUUUUGGCUUCGACACUCUUGAUUUGUGUGAAUAUGAUUUGUUUGCUGUUCAGUAGUUUGAAGUUAAAUUGAGUGGUGUAAGUGUGGACUGUGAUUUGCCUCUUUACUUUCCUGCAGCUUGAUUGAUUUUAUUUCUCACUGUGUAACCUUUUAGAGAAGCUUUUUUCAACAGCUGCAUGGCUUUUUUUCAGAACCAGCACUUGUGAUUGUCUUUGCCAAUAUUUGCAGUAAAUUCUCAAACUGCCAACUGGA